UUGCAUCCGCACUUGGAGUCCUGAAACAGCACUGCCUGUAUCUUUACCAGCUGUUAACCAACAAAAUUAUCUAACGCUGUCUCUUUUUCUAAACGGGGGCGGAUGCAGACGAACUACAGUUCUUUCAUUUCCCGUUUACUGCACUUUUCUGCCAAAUCGCACGGAAGCCUACCAUUGGUCAACUUUUAGAAAAUAAUAAUGCGUAUGACUCUUAUCUGCGCAUUUCCGAAUAGUGCUUUCAGGAUCGGGUACACCUCGGUCACGUUGCAUUUUUACGAAGUUGUGAGUUUUUUUAUUCGCAGCAACAUGAGCCGCUUUUGGUUGCUGUUUGGCCACAUUCUUUUAUGAGAUUAAAAAGGAGAAUGCGUUUGUGUCAGGUGGUAAAACGGCAUGUGACCGCGUAUAGACACAGACAGUUGAAGCUCUGAGGGGGUAAUUCAGCUCUAUUUACGGAGUCUUUUUUUUAAAGUAUGCGUAAUUUAAUGAUUUGUUUCAUAUCUCCAUGAUCACAGGUAACCUAUGGAUUCAGGAAGUCGUUUGUUCUCAUUCCAUACCACGCCCACUUGAUAGCCUGCUAGCAAGUAGCAAGCAGCAAGCUUUGUGUGAGAGGCUAACUAGCUAACUUACAUUGCUAGCUUGCUUCUUUCCCCUCAUCAGAUCAUAAUAUUGCGCCGGGAAUAAAUUAUGAAAUGACUAAAACAAAAUGUACAGAAACGGGGAGCGAAUUCACUUGUAAUUACACUACGCGAUGGAUUGGAUGCAUUCUUACCGUAAGCUGUCAGUCUACCUAGCUAGUUAGCUAGCUACACAGAGUUGAUUGUUUAGCGUUACCUUGUUACCGUCAUGGACUCGCAUAAUAUAUGUUCUUCGAAUAGACCUACUGACAUACAAGGUGCAGAAGAGACUGCUCCACUGAUUGGGGAGUUGAAGCCCAUUCACCCCCCGUCAGUGGAUGGUCGCGCCGGCUGCGAGACCUGGAGCGUCGAGUUCUCUCCGGAUGGCUCCUACUUCGCAUGGUCCAAAGGAUAUGGCAUUGUGCAGUUGCUUCGGUGGCCUCUUCAGGGUAUCGGAUGGCAUGGAACGGCACAGCUACCUGAUAGAGGGAAGGAGAAGACUUUGGACUGCGGCCAGACAGUAUGGGGUUUAGCCUUUGGGCCACGCACAUCCAAGUUUGCACGUCGAACCGAUGACUUUAAGCUGAGAGAGCUGAAUGAAAUUGCACAGCCCUUGCUUCUUGCAACUGGUCUUAGCAACGGAGCGAUUAAAGUAUGGGAGGUCGAGACAGGUCACCUCUGUUUCAAUCUGAGUGGACAUCAGUCUGUCGUGCGGGACUUGGUCUUCACUCCCAAUGGAAGCCUCACCCUCGUGUCUGGGUCCCGUGACACAACACUGCGGAUCUGGGACUUAAACAAGUCAGACAAAACAGCACAGGUCCUGAGUGGACAUACGAAUUGGGUGUACAGUGUCAGCGUCUCUCCUGACUGUAGUAUGAUUGCAUCUGUCUGCAGAGGGAAUCCAAAAGUGUUCCUGUGGAGCCUGCGGUCGUACACCUUUAUAAGGAACCUGAAGAGUAGCGAUACCUUCCAGGUUUCCUGUGACUUUUCUCCAGACGGUGCGCUGUUGGUUACGGCCGCGUACUUUGACAACUGGGAGACGUCCUUAUGGGAUCCUUACACUGGGGAACACCUCUUCAAACUACAGGAAUGUGUCCAGUGCAACUGUACCAUUAUGGAUAAUCCAAUCAAGGCUGUGCGUUUCUCUUCUGAAGGUCUACACCUGGCGUUUAUCACUGAGGACAGAGAGCUGCGGGUUUGGGAGCUUGGGGAGGACGAGCCUCUGAUCGAAUCGAAACUCCGCCACUUCUCCUGCGGGCUGUGCUGCACAUUCCAUCCACAAGGGGGAGUCAUCGCUACAGGGACACGGGACGGACAUGUAAAGUUUUGGAGCGUGCCGCAGGUGGUACCCAGCCUGCUCCACUUCUGCAGGAUGGCCCUGCGGUUCUCCAUCUCCACCCACCAAGUGAUGGCGCUGCCCAUUCCCACCAAAAUAAAGGACAUUCUCACCUACAGGAACUACCAGGACAGCUACGAUUUGCUCUGUUCCCAUCAUAGGUGGAGGCAGUGACAACAGACAUUUGAUUUCGAUAACAGGCCACUCGCUGAUUCUUGGCCUACAGUCAAUAUUUUGGUGGUGCAACCAGCAAGAUUGGGCGUAUAUUCUUAAAGCCCUUCAGAGUGGGAGUGCUGGUCUGGGAUCGGUGGUUUCCUGCCCAUAUCCAUUAUGAGCUCAAAGGAAAAACUGAUUCCAGAUCAGCACUUAGAUGCUUUCUGGGGCUACUACAACCCUAGUCCUGGAGAGCCACAGGGCUUGCUGCACUUUCUCUUCACUGUAAAUACAGCUACCACCUUCAACCCAAGAAACCAGGUGAGGUGAGUUAACUAAUUGACUGCUUCAAAUGAUCAAUUAAGUGCUAAGUAUCAACACAACCAGCAGAACCUGCAGCUCCCCAAUACCCAGCUUCGCCAACAACUACAUGUCUUGGUUGAACCAGAGGUGGCAAGAAUGACCUGGAACAGGGCUACUUAAACAUGGCCCUCGGUGCCAGUACUACUGUUGGUUUUCUUUCCUCUCCUCCAAUCAUGGACUGAUUUACACUGGACACACCAGGUGAUUGUAACUUCUGGCCAAUCUGGUCAAACAUUAUUGCACUGUCGACUUCUAGGUAGAAGAGAGAACUGAUUUAGCACUACCGACACUGGACUAUGGAUCACAUUCCACUCUUAAUGUGUUUGCGUAGCUAAUCUACUGUCAACAGACAGACAAAAUGCAUAUAAAAUGGUAAAUGGGUGGCAUUUAUAUAGCGCCUUUAUUCAAAGCGCUGUAGAAUUGAUGCUUCUCACUCACGCAUUCACACACCAACGUCGACUGGCUGCCAUGCAAGGCACCAACCAGCUCAUCAAGAGCAUUUAGGGGUUAGGUGUCUUGCUCAGGGACACUUCGACACAGCCAGGGCAGGAUAGAACCGGCAACCCUCCAACUGCCAGAUGACUGCUCUUACUGCUGGAGCCAAUGCCGCCCCAUAUGACACAAGCUGAAAGAAAACUGAGCUUAACCUUUCACCUGAUCAUGAAUGGAAAAAGAAAAUUGGCAACAGGUUUCGUGUUUUCCACAAAAGGUCAACUUUUUAGUACAGGACCAGAUGAAACAAUAGCCUACUGAGUAAUCUUUAUAUACAUUUAAUUUCAUUUUGUACAUUUACUGAUGAAAACAUUUGAUUAUUUAACUCAGGGUUUUACAGUUUACAGUACAUUUAAGAUCUACUCCUUCCAUUACGUAAAAGAAAUGUGGACGAAACGACAAAAAACGACUUUUUCUCGUGAUAAAUUCUGUAAAGUUUUGUCCUAUAUUGACUACAUAUUUUAAUUUCUCAUUUAAAUGUAUCUGUGAUAAAAACUAAAGUAAAGGCAAUGCAGAUGUUUGUUUUGUUUUACUGUUUUCCAUGGGGGAAAAUUGGUCAUUUAUGUUUUAUUAAUUACAUUUUUUACUUUAAUUCUGAAUGUGCAAAAGUUUAAUAUAAACCUUUAAACAGAAUGUAUGAAUUAAAGCUGAUGAAUUACAAGCGGGGAAAUGUGAAUGGUUUGUCAAAUCUGUGUAUGAAACAGUACAAAUUCAAAUGCAAUUCCAACUGAAUUUUUGCAUUAAACUACAAAUUAAAAGGCUUCAACUACUUCUGAAA